AACGUUAUUGCUCGGGUCACGUCAAGAUGGCAGCGUUCGUGCGAAGAGCCUGUUCGAAAGGAGGGCGAAUAUCGCCGAUUUUUCAAAGCAUUUCUCAUAGAAAUGUCCAACUGUCAUGUAGCUGCACACAUUUGGCUCAACAUGCAAGUUUUUCUACUCACUCGGAUGUGAGGAGAGAAACGACAAGAACUUACACUCACAAGAAAUCUGAUCUGGACAAUCCUUACUGGCAACAGAAAAAGAUCUAUCAUUCAAUAUCUAAACAGCAACCACUCUCCCCUCCGACAUCAGUGAUAAACCAGCACCCACAUGGUUUCCAUGCCGGGGGUAAUGGCAUGCCACCAAAGGUUGAUGUGGAGGAUAAAGUGGGAGGCUGGGACAUCAUCAAGGCCAUGCUUGGCUAUGUCUGGCCCAAGGGUGACCUGAGUAUCAAGUCAAGGGUCGUGGUGGCCAUGUCCCUCUUGAUCGGUGCAAAGGUAUUGAAUGUAUAUGUUCCGUUCCUGUUCAAGCACGCUGUAGAUCAUCUCAAUGAUUACCAGACGGCCUCAGAAGCAGUGGCAUCUGUCGGGACGGGAACUACGGUAGUCACCACCCUCCUGCUAGGCUAUGGAGCAGCACGUGCAGGUGCGUCCCUCCUCAACGAGGCGAGGAACGCCGUCUUUGCCAAGGUGGCCCAGAAUUCAAUACGACGGGUUGCAAAGAAUGUCUUCACCCACCUCCACCAGCUAGAUCUGAGCUUUCACCUGUCUCGCCAAACGGGGGCGCUCUCCAAGGCCAUCGACAGAGGGAGCAGGGGGAUCAACUUUGUUCUGAUGGCUCUAGUAUUCAACAUUGUGCCAACUAUCUUCGAAGUGUGCCUUGUCACCGGCAUCAUGUACUACAAAUUCGGUUCCCCCUUUGCUGUCAUCACCGUGAUGUGCAUCGGAGCGUACUCUCUCUUCACGCUGAGCAUCACGGCGUGGAGAACCAAGUUCAGGGUUCACAUGAACAAAGCAGACAACGAAGCGGGUAACCAGGCCAUUGACUCGCUCAUCAACUAUGAAACGGUCAAGUACUUCAACAAUGAGAAGUGGGAGGUCAACAACUACGAUAAAAAUCUUGCCCUGUACGAGCAUGCUUCCCUAAAGACGGCCACCAGUCUGGCCCUUCUCAACUUUGGUCAGAAUUUCAUCUUCAGUGCAUCGCUAGCAGGGGUCAUGGUGCUAGCAAGUCAGGGGAUUAUUGCAGGUCAAUUGACGGUUGGAGAUCUAGUCAUGGUAAACGGUCUCCUGUUCCAACUCUCGCUGCCUCUCAACUUUCUUGGCUCUGUCUAUCGUGAAAUCAGGCAAUCCCUCGUCGACAUGGGCACCAUGUUCAACCUCCUCAAGGUCGAGACAGACAUCAAGAGCCAGAUCAAUGCCCCAGCUCUGCAGAUAGCCCCUCAGGAGUCUGGCAUCACCUUUGAGAACGUAGCCUUUGGAUACCUCCCUGAACAGCAGAUCUUCAGUGACCUCAGCUUCCAUGUACCUUCGGGAAAGAAGGUCGCUAUCGUCGGAGGCAGUGGGUCAGGGAAGUCCACCAUAGUGCGGCUCCUAUUCCGGUUCUAUGAUCCCGAUGCAGGGAGGGUACUAGUCAACGGUCAAGACAUCAGAGAGGUCAACAUAGAUAGUCUCAGGAAAGCUAUAGGGGUUGUACCUCAGGACUGUGUCCUCUUCCAUAACUCCAUCUUCUACAACCUGCAAUACGGGAAACUGGACGCCACCGCUGAGGAGGUCUUCCAGGCAGCCAAGAUGGCCGACAUCCACCAAGGAAUCACCCGCAUGCCAAUGGGCUACGAAACCCAGGUGGGUGAGAGGGGGCUCAAGCUGUCUGGGGGUGAGAAGCAGAGGGUAGCCAUCGCCAGGACGAUCCUCAAGGACCCGUCUAUCAUCCUCUAUGACGAGGCGACGUCGUCACUCGACUCCAUUACUGAACAGAACAUCCUCAACUCCAUGGAUGCGGUCACCAUCGGACGCACCUCCGUCUUCAUCGCCCAUCGUCUCUCCACCGUUGUCGACGCCGACGAGAUCCUCGUCAUCCGGGGCGGAAAGAUAGGCGAGCGCGGCAAGCACCACCAACUCCUAGCGGAUACCAACAGUUACUAUUACGAACUAUGGACCAAUCAGAACAAGGUCGCUCUGGAGUCGGUCCUCGACGAAAAGAGUGGGGAAGAGUCUGAAGUUGAGGAGAACUUUAAGUCGUGAUGAUUGGCAGAUUGAUAUUAGGGCAUUAGAUAAUUAUUCAUAAGUGAUAAUUGCUUAUUGAAGAGUAAAAGGUUUGUUCAUUUACCACAGUAUGUGGGAAUGAGGCUUUAGAGAUCAUUCACAAAUGAUCCUGAUGCUAGUGAUACUGUGCAAGAAACUUUUUGUACCAUCCAAGUUGUCUUCAGGGCUAUUACAUGUAUCUUUCAGCAUGUCAGAAAUUCAUGAUGUUAAUACCAUUUGUGACUCGUCUAAGCCCAGGUACAUGUCUUUUAAGUGGGAUCGUGAAAAUGCAAAUGAAUACUCUGAUAGGCUGCACAGAUUAACCUUACAGUUGUCAGGAAUUAUGGAAAAUAUACAUGGAAAUGUAAGUCAGGAAUUGGUAGAUCAUUGCUACUCUGAGAUAUGUAACUCUUUUUUACAGGCUGCACAAGAUGUUGGUGUGUGUAAGUGGAAACAGUCAAAGACAGCAAGGAGUCAUAAAGAACAACAUAAUGUGAAUUCGGCAUCACAAUUAUGGUUUGAUGCCGAUUGUGAAGCUGCCCGUAAAGAGUAUCUUAAUUUAAGGAAUAGGCUAAGCAGGAAAAUUCAGCUAGGUAGAAGAUUAGAUGUUCAUUCAAGUAACAGAUAUUGAUGUUUUACAAAGUGAAUUUCUUUUGGCAUGUAAGAAAUAUAAAAAAUUGCUAAGGUACAAAAGGAGGAAGUAUGGUAAAGACUUUAGUGCCUCUUUACGGUCCUUGAAAAAACAAGGAAACCCUAGAGCCUUUUGGGAUUUAUUAAACAGUAAUGGUCGUCAAACUAAAAGUGCAGUUAAUGUUUCUUUGGGUGAUCUUGUACAGCAUUUUAAAUCUCUAGGAAAUGUAUGUAAAUCAGAGGAUAAUUUAGAGGAAAGGAUGCCUUUGGAUGCUGAUAAUGUGACGAUACAAAAUGAUGGUUUGAAUGAACCUAUCACAUUAGAAGAGGUUGAAUUAAUGGUUAAUAAAUUGAAAAAUGCCAAAGCUUGCGGUAAAGAUUUGAUCAGAAAUGAAUUUUUGAAAAGUUGCCCCUUAGAAAUGCGUAGGGUUAUUGUUGAUUUGUUUAAUAUUGUUUUAGAUAGUGGAAUCGUUCCCUCUGAAUGGUGUAUAGGAGUGAUUAUCCCAAUUUUUAAGAAUAAAGGUGAAAACACAAAUCCAGAUAAUUAUCGUGGAAUUACCUUGUUAAGUUGCCUUGGUAAACUGUUUACCUCAGUCUUGAAUAAAAGAAUUUCUAGCUUUCUUGAUAGUAAUCGUAUGUUAGGUGAGGAACAAGCUGGGUUUCGUUCAACAUAUUCACCCAUUGAUCAUGUGUUUGUUUUGAAGACUAUUAUCGAUUUUUACCUACAGAAAAGGAAACGCUUAUAUUGUGCUUUUAUAGAUUAUAAAAAAGCGUUUGAUUUAAUUGAUAGAAAGUUUUUGUGGUUUAAAUUGUUAAAAAUAGGUGUAAAUGGCAAAGUCCUAAAUGUUGUUAAAAGCUUGUACAAAUGUGCGAAGUCCUGUAUUUCUGUCAACGGCGCAAUGUCUGAAUUUUUCUCGUGUAACGUAGGAGUUAGGCAAGGUGAAAACCUUUCGCCAUUGCUGUUUGCUGUUUAUUUAAAUGACUUUCAAGAGCAUAUUGCCAAAAUUUAUCCUGGCUUGAAAAUGUUAAAUGAAGAAAUACAAAAUACCUUACAGGGUGACGAAUUAGAGCUUUUUUCAAAGUUGUCUUGUUUAUUGUACGCUGAUGACACGAUCAUUUUGGCAGAAAGCCCUGACGAAUUACAAGUAGCGCUGAAUGCAGUUCAAGGAUAUUGUAAUACAUGGCACCUAACAGUCAAUGCGAGUAAAACUAAAAUAAUGAUUUUUUCCAGAGGGAAAGUUAGGAAGAUACCAAAUUUUACGUAUGGUCAUGCAAAAAUAGAUGUGGUAUAUGAUUUUGCUUAUCUCGGAGUACUGUUUAAUUAUAAUGGUACUUUCAAAAAGGCAAUGGCCAAGCAGAUAGUGCAGGCUAGAAAAGCGUUAUACAGUAUGUUGACUAAAGCGAAGAAAUUGCAGUUGUCAGUUGAUAUUCAAUGUCAUUUAUUUGACCAUUUGAUUUUGCCUAUCUUAUUGUAUGGUAGUGAAGUCUGGGGACAUGAAGAUAUAAAGCAGAUUGAAGUUUUCCAUAGGAAAUUCCUCAGAACGUUAUUAUCUGUAGGUUCAUAUACUCCAGACUGUAUGGUUUAUGGAGAAACUGGACGAGGUUUGAUUUUGAAUCAUGUGAAGGGUAGAAUGGUUAAUUUUUGGUCAAGAAUUUUGAGAGGUAAAGAUAGCAAAUAUUCAUAUGUCCUUUUAAAAUUCAUUUCUGCCAUUCAUAAAGAUGAACAUUUGGAAUUUACUUCCUCAUGGUUAAAAUUUAUUGAAGACACAUUUAAUCAAGCUGGUCUAUCCAAUAUUUGGCUAGGCCAAAAUAGUGGAUUUGGCUUAAAUAUUAAUUCUUUGCUAAAACUGAGACUAAAUGAUAUUUUUGGUCAGGAAUGGAGAGAUGCAGUAUGGUCAAAUCGCAUUUGCACAAAUUAUAGGAUAUUUAAAGGCAACCAUAUAUUUGAAAGCUAUUUACUCACCCUAAAUAAAACUGAUGCUUUUACUCUCUGUAAGUUUCGGUGUAGAUCACAUAAAUUACCUGUAAACAAAGGUCGGUUUGAUGCGAACACACCACAUUGUGAUAUGCAGUGCACACUCUGCUUGUCCACUGAUAUAGGAGAUGAAUUUCACUAUAUUUUUGUUUGUCCGUUUUUUCAAAGAGAGAGAUGUUUAUAUUUAUCAAAAAAGUGUUGUAAGUCUAAGCUCCCAAGUGCUAUGCACAUGGCAGAACUUUUUAAUACUAGAAGCACUUCUCAGUUGAAGAAUUUAGCGAGAUUUACCCGCCUUAUUAUGUUGAAAUUUAAUCAAAAAACAGAGGAAGAAGACAGUUCAAGCAGUUCAAGAAGUACAAAUAGAGCUGAACCUACACGUACUCGUAGCGGUAGGAUAGUGAAACAGCCUACUUUGUUUACUAUUUAGCUUGUAAAUAGACUGCAUUAUACUUAUCCUUUUAUUAUUGUCAGUUUGUCACUAUCUACAUUCAUUGUUCAUUUUUGUACUUUCAUACACUAUAUACCUAUUAUCGUUUUUAUCUUUGUGUCAUUAUCUAUGUAUAAUGUAUGUGAAUUAUAUUCAUAAGUCAUGCAUUGUUAUUUAUACUUUUAUGUUUGUUUGUACUCUCAUACCCCGAGAGGGGGUCAAAGAGUCAAUAAAAUUCUAAAUUCUAAAUUCUAAAUUCUAAUGUCAGUAUUGUAUUGGCAUUUAAUAUAUUUAUUGCCAUUUAAUGAUAAUCUCAGCUGAUUCAUGGAAGGCCAGGUGGAGGGUGGCAAAUGUAGAUUAAUUUCUUGCCAAAGGACAUUAGUCUCGAACCAAACCAGGAACCAUGUGAUCCACAGUCUGGCGACUUUUUCACUAGUCCACGAUGCCUCUUAAAUAAACUCACAGUGGUACCUCUAUUGUUGCCUAGUUCAGUAUUAAAACCAAAGCUCCAAUAUGCUAAUUUUGAGGGCAGACCAAGAGGUUGAUCUCCGACCCCUGGAGGUCAACUACAAAGUCUUUUAAAGAAGUCUUCAAGUAGGUCUCUUAUUUGUGCAAUUUUACUGUCGUGUUAAAGACGUUUUGGUGAUGAAAAUGAGAGCAGUCGAAAGUAUGUGUAAAUCUAGACAGAAAUAACUGUCUGAUAUGGGUCAUUUCUUUAAUAAAACUGACAUUUGUUGAGUAUAGAGGCGGUCAGAGGAGCCAGAUGCAAUCUCAGCGGAACAACCGUCAAUGUCAGAGACUGAAGCUUUCGGACUAGUGUAUAUCAUGAGUUAUGUUAAGAGUUUGAGAGUUACAAUUAAUAUGAUAAUGCUAUAUUUGACUAAUCAGUUAUUGUAGAUCCAAUUCUAAAAUGUACAUCAGUAAUGCUGAUCAUCAUUUAAAUUAAGUUUUUUCUAAAGGGAAGAAUUUUUUUUACUAAUUACGAGAUAAUUAUUUUUAUGUCUGAAAUAGGACACUUCAGUAGCCUUCAAACAUGAGUGGUAUUUAGGUAUGUAUUCAAAGAUAUAGUUUCUUUGGAAUUCUUAAUUUUUAAAAGGCUUUGAAAGGAACUUUAUUUUUAGAGUAGUGAUAUACUGGCUUAUUUGCAUGGCUAGAAAUGCAUACUACAAAGAGUAAGAGUAUUUAAAGAAGUGGGGAUAUUUAUGAAUAAAUAGAUGCUACCAUGCUGUGUCUUUCACAAUUUUGGUCAUUGCAUGCAUGGUUAUAGCAGAUGUUGUAACAGUAUUCUUCAAGGGUGAAAUUGAAAUCCUGUAGCCUGUCAUAAGCACGUUUCAUGGAGGAAGAUUUGUAAAAAUUAUAUUUUUAUUCAAUUAUUCAUAUUUGUGUACAUUUUAUGUAAAAAACAAUGGCAUAACAACUUGCCCAUGUAUAGACAAUAUAUUGUUCGAUACUUGAAAUGAAGUAAAGAAGUCUUGCCUUUCUGGCAGAAUCAA